ACGGAGUGGGCGCUGCCGCCUGAGACCGCGGCCUGAAGAGAGCUGAGACGCGCCCCAGGAGCGCAGUUAGGAGCUGAAAGUCGCCUGGGUUUCGUGCAGAAGGCCGGAGCAAGGGCGUAGAGAAGUGGGGUGCAGUAUUGAACACUAAGUAAUGGCUAUGCAGAUGCAGCUUGAAGCAAAUGCAGAUACUUCAGUGGAAGAAGAGAGCUUUGGCCCACAACCUAUUUCUCGAUUAGAGCAAUGUGGCAUACAUGCCAAUGACGUGAAGAAAUUGGAAGAAGCUGGAUUCCAUACUGUGGAGGCUGUUGCCUAUGCACCAAAGAAGGAGCUAAUAAAUAUUAAGGGGAUUAGUGAAGCCAAAGCUGAUAAAAUUCUGACUGAGGCAGCUAAAUUAGUUCCAAUGGGUUUCACCACUGCAACUGAGUUCCACCAAAGGCGGUCUGAGAUCAUACAGAUUACUACCGGCUCCAAAGAGCUUGACAAACUACUUCAAGGAGGAAUUGAGACUGGAUCCAUCACAGAGAUGUUUGGAGAAUUCCGAACUGGGAAGACCCAGAUCUGUCAUACGUUGGCUGUAACAUGCCAGCUUCCCAUUGACCGAGGUGGAGGUGAAGGAAAGGCCAUGUACAUUGACACCGAGGGUACCUUUAGGCCAGAACGGCUGCUAGCAGUGGCUGAGAGAUAUGGCCUCUCUGGCAGUGAUGUCCUGGAUAAUGUAGCAUAUGCUCGAGGGUUCAACACAGACCACCAGACCCAGCUCCUUUAUCAAGCGUCAGCCAUGAUGGUAGAGUCCAGGUAUGCACUGCUAAUUGUAGACAGUGCCACCGCCCUCUACAGAACAGACUAUUCGGGUCGAGGUGAGCUUUCUGCCAGGCAGAUGCACUUGGCCAGGUUUCUGCGGAUGCUUCUGCGACUUGCUGAUGAGUUUGGUGUAGCAGUGGUAAUCACCAACCAGGUGGUAGCCCAAGUGGAUGGAGCAGCCAUGUUUGCUGCAGAUCCUAAAAAACCUAUUGGAGGAAAUAUCAUUGCUCAUGCCUCAACAACAAGACUGUACCUGAGAAAAGGAAGAGGGGAAACCAGAAUCUGCAAAAUCUAUGACUCUCCUUGUCUUCCUGAAGCUGAAGCUAUGUUUGCCAUCAAUGCGGAUGGAGUAGGGGAUGCCAAGGACUAAAUCGCUGGGUUUUUUCCUGUGAUAAACCUUAAGUGCUGCAGCCUAAUGGAGAGGACUGCUCCCUGAGGUUCUUCACAGGCCUCUUCCUGUUGUGACUGCCAGGAAAAGGCUUCCAGGAAAACAGCUAUUAUAUCGGCUUUUCUUACGGUGUAAACACGAGACAGGUCAGUAGUCACAAGCCGAUCUGAAAUGUUUAUUCCUUCUAGAGUAUAUUAAUCUCUAUGUGAAUUCUUUGGUUUGGGGGUGUAGGUAUGAAGUACCUUUGACAUCAUAGUGCCUUGGGGUUGACUCAGGACUAACUGCUAUUGGCCAAUCUUAUGUCUCUAAGAGAACUAAAACUGGAGAGACCUGGCUUCUCUCACUGUCUGAAUAAUGUUGGGGAGAAAUAUGCCUGAGCUAUGUGGCAAAGGGAGUGGGUCUCCUCGCAGGUUUUUUUUUUCUCUGCCAGUAAAACUCUUAAAUCAGAAGCAGGUAAA